ACGCACAUUUUAGUCGACACUAACUGUCAGCUACACAGCUGACCUGAACUGGCCAGAUGGAAGUAAUUAAACGAUAAAAAAACAUAAUUUUAAUACAGACCAGUGGUUGUGGUUGUGGUUGCGUUUGGUGGCAUUGUGUCCUUCAGUCUGAAAUGUUUCUGUUACUUUACUCGCCCGGAGUUUCGUUUUACAUGUUUAUUAGUUGUCUGUCUUGUCGAUAACUAGCUUGUGUUACUGCUGGGGAAGCUAUCGUAGCUAGUUUAAAAUGACUCUACCGGCUUUGCACAACACCGGCGUGCUUUACAGGAGGAUUUUGUCACAGUUCCCCCAGGAUAUCAGCUUAGCUUUUGCCUAUGGAUCUGGUGUUUUCAAACAACACGGUACCAGCCAAGGUCAAAUGGACAAGAACAUGCUGGACUUUGUGUUUGCGGUGGACGACCCAGUGACGUGGCACACCAUGAAUCUGCUGCAGAACCGCAAACACUACUCCAUCCUCAAGCUGCUGGGGCCCAGGAUGAUCAGCUCCAUACAAAAUGAACACGGGGCUGCGAUAUACUACAACACACUGGUGCCUGUGGAUGGGAGGACAAUCAAAUAUGGUGUGAUAAGUACAGAGUCUCUGAUUGAAGACCUGAUGCACUGGAAGACCAUGUAUGUUGCUGGCCGCCUUCAUAAACCAGUGAGAAUGCUCGUGCAGAACGAGAACUUAAAGCUCCGUGCUGCUCUGGUGGCCAACCUGAAGAGUGCUGUGACGGCCUCCUUCCUCAUGCUGCCAGAGAGCUUCACUGAGGAAGACCUUUUCCUGCAGAUAGCUGGUCUUUCUUAUGCUGGCGAUUUUAGGAUGGUGAUUGGAGAGGAUAAAUCCAAGGUGGCCAAUAUCGUCAAAGACAACAUUCAGCACUUCCGGAUUCUGUAUAGUAACAUCCUGAGGGACUGCCCACAAGUGGUCUACAAACCUCAACAAGGAAAAUUAGAGGUAGACAAAAGCCCAGAGGGCCAGUUCAUCCAGCUGAUGGCAUUGCCUCGGACCCUGCAGCAAAGGAUCACAAAGCUGGUUGACCCUCCGGGGAAGAACCGAGACGUGGAGGAGAUCCUGCUGCAGGUGGCUCAGGACCCAGACUGUGGAGCUGUUGUACAACAAGGUGUCUCUUCUAUUGUGAAAUCCUCCAGUAUAACGCAGAGUAUCAAAGGCAUCGCUACAGCUGGCAUGUGGAAGACAGUGUCGUACAGCUCCAAGAAACUGUUGAAGAUGUGGAAGGGCUGGAGGAGGAAGCCGUCUGUUUCACAGAUGUCCUGAUCCCGUCUGUCUUUGUAACUGUUAGCCGGACAAUCGGCGUCCAUCUUUUGGUUUCUAACCUGUAAGAACUGUAGCUCAAACAAUCACACACUAAUGUCUGGUUGUAUCACUCCUAUGAAUGUGAUCACUGACCAGGUAUUUGGACGUGUGAAUAAUGUGAAUCCAUCUGUUCAACUGCCCUUUACCCAUGAAAUUUAAAAAAAAAACAAAAGUUUAAAAAAAUGGUUGACAUUUCACGACUUUGACUAAAUUAUGGCUGACAUUUACUACAGAUUGGACCUUUCUGGAUGACUACAGUGGCCAGUGUGCUACUGCUGAAUUGGCUACGUCGAGAGCCAGUGGAGUAAAAACUGCACAAAAUCAGUGUGUUUAAGGAAGAAAUUACUUGGGGGUCAUGUGGAUCAUGCAUGUGUUAUAUUUGGGCAUUUUCUGUGUAAAUGGCGCUAACUAAAUGACUGAUGAUUAUUGACUGCUAACAUGAUGAAAUAAUACAGAAAUUGAGAAUAUUUCUGUGGGGAACAUUUUGUCAUUAGAGGUUACAUAUUCUCCCUACCUUGCCAAAGAUCUCAAUGUUUUCAUGUUUCACAGAGUUUUGAUGGCUACGCUGUGUUUCUGUCAGUAUUCAUGAACUUAAAAUAGGGUCACACGUAUUUGAGAAGCUUUUUUGGAGGGUUUUAUCUUAUCCGUUAUCAAAAUAAAAAUGUUCCUAAUUGUUAACAGAAACUGUUACCUCUCCACUGCCCGUUAUCGUUAUGAUCUGAUCAUGUUAUGACUGUAGUCCUUCAAUGUAAAAACGCAUUGAUUGGUUCCUCAAAAGCACUUGUUGAUAACUAAGAUAGUGACAAGAAAUGGGUUUAAUAAACUUUUUGAUAUAACA